UAAGUUGUGAUGUGAUUGCCUUCGUUAUUCAUGGCACCUCCCCAGAGUCCAGACACUGAAAUCCUAAAAUCAACUGAACCCAGAACCAAAUGAAAAUCACAAUGGCUCUAAUGGCAGCAGAACCAAACUCUCUAGGCUUAUACAAAUCAGUCUGAACCCGAAAUCCCACACUCAUGCCUCAAUCUCCCCCCCAUCAUUAUUCUUCUUCUUCCGCCGCUGCUUCAAAAGAAGCAAUAGGGGUUGGGUUGGACAUCUUUGGAGUAAAAGAUUAUGAAGAUUACAGGAGGUCUCUUUACGGUGAGAUCAGCCACAAGGCCUUUGUUGACGCUGUUGGUACUCUCCUUGUUCCCUCUCAGCCAUGGCCAAGAUAUAUAGAGAGAGGGGAGAAGUAUGGGGUGGCGUAUUCAGAGAUUGAGAUAUUGAACAGAUACCGAAGGUAUGAGCAGCCAUGGGGCAAAUCUCGUCUCAGAUAUGUGAAUGAUGGAAGACCCUUCUGGCAAUUUAUAGUCAGUUCAUCCACUGGCUGUUCAGACUCUCAGUACUUUGAAGAACUUUAUAACUACUAUACAACUGAAAAGGCUUGGCACCUAUGUGAUCCUGAAGCUGAGAAAGUAUUUAAUGCUAUCAGAAAAGCAGGUGUCAAAUUGGCUGUUGUGUCAAAUUUUGAUACUCGAUUAAGGCCUGUAUUGCGUGCUCUUGAUUGUGAUCAUUGGUUCGAUGCCGUUGCAGUGUCAGCUGAAGUUGAAGCAGAGAAGCCAAAUCCAACGAUAUUUCUAAAAGCCUGUGAGUUAUUGGGAGUAAACCCAGAGGAUGCAGUGCAUGUAGGAGAUGAUCGUAGGAAUGAUGUGUGGGGUGCCAGAGAUGCAGGUUGCGAUGCUUGGCUUUGGGGAAGUGAUGUUCAUUCCUUUAAGGAGGUUGCUCGACGGAUAGGGGUUAAGGUUUGAGAGAAUAUUGGUCUUGAAGAAAACUUGAAAGAGGCUUUAUGUUUUAUAUAUGUAUAGGUUUGUUUUUAGCUUUCGGGGAGAGUUUCAUAAGAGUUGAAGGCUAUUAUGGCUUAUUAUAUAUAUUUCUCGCAUAAUUAUAGAUUGA